AUAACGACCAAGAUGUAUCCUGCAGCCAGCCAUGUCCUCCGCACCUGCCGGAAUCUCAUAAGCCUUUUGCCGUCUGCCGAGCGAACGAAGCCUCAAGUUCUCUUAGUUGCUGCUGGUGUCGUGGAAUUUAGAAACGACACCGACCGUGAGCUCGCAUUCCGUCAAGAAAGCAACUUUUUCUAUCUGUCCGGAUGUAGCACUCCCGGCUCGUAUAUUCUCGUCAGCUAUCAGCUUGGAACGUCGCUUGAAAGACCCUCAAUCGACCUCUUUAUUCCCAAAGCCAAUCUCGCCGAUAUGAUGUGGAGUGUCCCUCCUCCGUCUAUCGAGGCAGCUAGUGCAACACACGACGUAACCAAAGUCCAUCAUGUGGAGGAUCUCUCGGAAUCAAUCAACACACUCGUAAAAUCUUUGCCUGGCGCUCUUUGGCACACGCUACCUCGCAACUCUCCUCUUUUCCCUGCACUAUCGGAAGACCAUCUCAAAACUGUGCUUGAAGCAGACGAUGGAGCUGUCACAGACUUUUACCUUUUAUCAGCUCUUCACCGUACCCGCCUCAUUAAAGACGAAAAUGAAGUAGAGCUUAUUCGCAAAGCAUGUGACAUCAGCUCGCGCGCCCACGAAGUCGUUAUGCGUGUUCUCGGUGCUGCAGUUAAAGGCACCAUUACCGUCGGUGCGGGGGCUGGAGUCGAUCGGCCUCUGUUGCCAAAUGAAUGGCUGAUCCAAAAGGAAGCGGAAGCAGAAGGAAUAUUUGUUGCUUCUUGUCGGCGCGAAGGCUCUGUUCAUCAAGCAUACCUCCCUAUCGUCGCUGCUUCUACAAGAGCCUCAACCCUUCACUAUUGUUGCAACGGGGGCAAUGAUAAAGAGUUUGCCUGGGGUCCAGUCGGGCCUCACGAUCACCAAAACAGCAACUCGCUUUGCACCGGACGAGAAUUGAAGCCACAAGUCCUGCUCAUCGAUGCGGGCUGUGAGUGGUCAUGCUACGCAUCCGAUAUCACUCGAACUAUGCCCGUUGGCAAUGGCGGAAAAUUCACCGACGAAUCUAAAGCUAUCUACUCUCUUGUCCUCGAGAUGCAAACAGCGUGCAUGGAAGCUCUCAAGCCCGGCUUGCAUUGGGACGCAGCCCACCUACUUUCGCACCGCACUUUGGUGAAAGGAUUCCAGCGCUUAGGCAUCUUCAAGUCACCGAACUCUCCUGGAGCGGGCUCGUGGGCGUCAGAGGAAGCGAUACUUGCAAGUGGGGUCACCACCGCCUUCUACCCCCAUGGGCUUGGUCACAGUCUUGGAAUGGACGUCCAUGAUGUCCCUAGCGCAUCGAAGCCCGGCGUGAAUCCAACAAUAGCAGAAAAUAAUGCGGCCGUCCAGCUCGGUCACUCAAGCAUCUACACUUACCUCAGACUCCGGCUACCCCUCGAGGCGGGAAUGGUUGUGACCGUUGAACCUGGGAUUUAUUUCUCUCCUCAUCUUCUAGCGGCCGUUCGUGACUCGCAAGUCAUCGACCACGAAGUCCUCAAACGCUACGAACCGGUUGGCGGAGUGCGGAUUGAAGAUGUUGUGCACAUUACUCCGGCAGGGGUUGAGAAUCUGACAAAGGUAAAGAGCGAUGUGGAGUGGCUUGAAGGAGUUUGCUCUGGACAUUUGUAG